AUGGGCCGUCAUCGACAGCCAAUGUACUAUCAACAACCAGUGUAUCAGCAACAACAACAGCCAAUGUACUACCAACAGCCUCAGCAGCCGGUAUACGUUCAGCAAGCUCCUCCAAGACAGGACAGUGGGUGUUGCGGGACGUGUUGUAAAGCAUUAAUGUGUUGUUGCUUGUUCGAGUUAUGCUGUUCUAUAUUAAGCGGGCCUUAG